CUGGCUUGACGCAGCCGCAGAUGGAAGUCUGGAUUUAGACCGUGUGAGGGUCUCUGGUUGAAGCAGAGUUCCGCUGCUGCUCACAGCUGAGGGGUCUCCGCUCCUCCCCACUGCAGUCCUCUACCUGAGCCCGAGACUGAGCCGUCUUUCAGAGCAGCUGACAAAACUGGAAGCCAUCAGCAGCAGUUAUAUUUGAAUCUUCCUCUGAGUGACGAUGGCCGACAGCACGAACUGUUUCUACUGCCGGGAUGACCUCGCAGGGAAGAAGUUCGUCCGUAAGGAGGGCAGGCCGGUCUGCACCCGCUGCUACUCAAAGUUCUGCGCCAACUCCUGCGCUCAGUGCCAUCGACCAAUCCCUGUGGAGUCCAAAGAGCUGAGCCAUAAGGGUCGGUUCUGGCACGAGGAGUGUUUCCGCUGUACGAAGUGUUACAAGCCUCUGGCCAAAGAGCCCUUCAGCACAAAGGACGACCGCAUCAUGUGUGGGAAGUGCUGCUCCAGAGAGGACGCUCCUCGCUGCCACGGCUGUUAUAAACCGAUACCUGCUGGCACAGAGAGUGUGGAGUACAAAGGGAACUCGUGGCAUGAUGAAUGUUUCACCUGUUGCAGCUGUAAACGACCAAUAGGAUCGCAGAGUUUCAUCACCAAAGGAACCGACACUUACUGCACCCCCUGCCAUGACAAGAAGUUCGCCAAACACUGCGUCUGCUGCAAGAAGCCGAUAACCUCUGGAGGAGUGAACUACCAAGAUCAGCCGUGGCACGGACACUGCUUCGUCUGCACCUCCUGCUCAAAGCCUCUAGCCGGGACGAGUUUCACCAACCACCAGGACCAGGUCUUCUGUGUCGACUGCUAUAAAACCGUUGUGGCCAAGAAAUGCAGCGGCUGCCAAAACCCCAUCACAGGUUUCGGUAAAGGCGUGAACGUGGUGAACUACGAGGGCAGCUCCUGGCACGAGUACUGCUUCAACUGUAAGAAAUGCUCCCUCAGUCUGGCCAACAAGCGAUUCGUAGCCAACGGGAAAGACAUCCUCUGCUCUGACUGUGCAAACAAGUAGAGAUGAAGGAGAGCGUCUUCUUUAAUGUCAUUCAUCUUCUUCCUUUUCUUUUUUACACAAAGGCCAGUGUCUGCAUCUCAAAAUGAUUUUAUAUGUGUUGAAUUUUUUUUAAGAUUAUUGACAUCCUGAUAAAAACAUUGUGACCAAAAUGUAACAUGUUGAUUUAUAUAUAAAAUAAAACAUACAAAGAUUGACAAACCAUCACAUAUAAAUGUGUAAAAACAUUAAUUUUCUACUUGAAAUGAGAGAGGAAAUCAUAAAACCAGAUGGUGCCAUGAAUAUUCUGAAAUAGAGAAAUGUAUGAAUGUUUCUUUCAGUGAGGUGAAAUUAAAUCUGAGUUUCAUUUUACAUUCACAUCCUUUUUAAGAAGCUGCUUCUGUGGCUUCAAUGUUUACCUGUUUUUUAAGUGGAUCUCUUUCUAUGACCAAAAAAGAAACUCUUUUUAAAUAAUCAAAAUCAAAUCUCUAUUUUUCUUUUUCCUGAAAAUGUUUACUAUGCUUGUGUUUCUACAUUUUGAUUAUUGACUGUGUCUCUUUUUAUAGACUCUCUGAUUUGAGUAAAUAUACUUUCAAGCACUUUUCUGAACCCUCCAGAGAAAGAGGGAAACUUUGACAUCGAAUUGAAAUAUGCAAUCUGUACGCCUGAAUGUUUUGCUACCAUAAAUAAAUAAAUAAACUUUCUACAAAACAAA